AGAGAUACUCGGUAAUGGCGACAGGUUUGAUGACCUGACAUAAUAUGGUUUGGGAAGUGAAAACCCAGUCGGUGCCCAAGUCAGUCCAGGAACCCCAGGUGAAAAGCACAAGAAGCAUGGAUGAAACUUUUGACUUGCUCAAGUGCUACGAGAAUCUGCCCUCUUCACCAGGAUGUCCCUCUAGUGAGGGCCACAUGGAAUAUGAUGAUCUGCCAGAGCUGCAGGAAGUGCAGGAAGACCAGAGUACCACAGCCGUGUUUCAGGUUACUCCAGGGGUCUCCCAUCAGGAGGGUCCAGGGGAAGGCUGGAGCCCUGGAGCUGUCAGUACCUCCCCUCAUACUAACUGGCUUACAGAGCUGGCAAACAUUGCCACCAGCCCUCAGAGCCCCCUAUUGCAGAAUGCCCCCCAUAACAGAUCUUCUCCUGUUCCGAUUUUUGCCACAAGUAACAGUUUACAUUCCUAUGCCCGGCCUCCCCAGGCCUCCAGCGGUCCCUCCAGCAGUGCCCCCACCCCUGCCCGCAGCCACAUGAGGGAGUGUCAGCGCCUCAGAACGAGCAGCGAGUCAGAGUCAGGUAUUUUCUGCAUGUCUUCACUGUCAGAUGACGAUGACAGAGGGUGGUCCCACUCCUGGCCUUCUACAGUUUGGCAUUGCUUUUUGAAAGGUACUCGUUUGCGUUUCCACAAAGGACCUAAUGUGGAGUGGCAGGAUGUGGAGGACUUGGUAGAGUCAGAUGAUGAGUCUGAUGAUGAGGGGAGAACACAGUCCAGUUCCCUUAAGAACUAUGGCUCAGAGGGGCUGAAGCUAGUGGCUUUAGAAGAAACAGUAUCCUACGGCCAAUCCGUCCUCAAGUUGACCUUUGACCCCGGCUCCCCAGAGGAUGGUCUUCUCACAGCUGAGUGCUGCUUAGACCAUCCAUUUUAUGUGAAAAACAAAGGAUGGUCUUCUUUCUAUCCGAGCCUUACUGUGGUGCAGCAUGGUAUCCCAUGCUAUGAGAUGCAAAUCGGAGACCUGUGUCUACCUCCAGGACACCAUGAUGCCAUCAACUGUGAUGACUCAGUCGUUUUUGACACCUUCAGGAGUUACGACUUCACACCUCUGGACUCCUCAGCUGUGUAUGUGUUGAGCAGCAUGGCACGCCAGCGAAGAGCCUCCCAGUCUAGUGGAGGUGCCAUCAGCCCUGACUGCGAUAAACUGGAGGCCUCUGGUACCUCACCCAGCAGGAAGUCACAUCGCGGCCACGCUGCUGGAAGCAGCAGCGGCGCUACACCCACAAAGUGCAAGCGGCCAAUGAAUGCUUUCAUGCUCUUUGCCAAGAAAUACCGGGUGGAGUACACACAAAUGUACCCUGGCAAGGAUAACAGAGCCAUCAGUGUGAUCCUGGGGGACAAAUGGAAGAAGAUGAAAAACGAGGAGAGAAGGAUGUACACCAUAGAGGCCAAGGCCCUGGCUGAGGAACAGAAACGCCUUAACCCAGACUGCUGGAAACGCAAGAGAACCAACUCGGGCUCCCAGCCAAAUUAGCCUUAGGGUGCAGGAGAUCAUUUUGGAAACGUGAACUGGACAGUCCAAGACUGACACCACCACUCCUCUCCUCUCCUCUGCAACUGAUGACUUAACUGUGAUACUGAACAUACUUGCUUUUUUAUACAAUAGGUUCACUGAGACAUUAAACCAACAAAUCUUGAAUAAAAGAAAAAAAAACAAGACAUGAAAUCAAAUAUGAAAAAAUAUUAAACAAAAUGUAUAAUUUAGUAAACUAACAGUGCUUAUAUAUUUUUCUUUAUCUUCAAAAAAGACAAGAUGCCUUAUUCUUCCAAUGUUAAAGAAAGGAAUAGAAAAAAAACAAAAACAAAAAAAGCUCAGUUCUACUUUCAGGUAACUUUUUCUUAUAUCUAUGCUUGAAAGGUGGGACCCUGUGGUGCUAUUAUAUGAGGGGUGUAGUUGGAGCAGUAUUGGAGCAGUAUACAAAUAUGUCUAUUUUUAAAUGUAAAAAGGGUAAUUUUAGAUGUUGUUUUCAGCUGUUCAGAUGAAUUAUAUUCAUAUAACUCAAUGUAUUGCACACACUCAGUGUAUUCCAAAGAUCGCUGAUACUUGUAUUCAUUGACAAGCUGGUUUUGGUUAUGUACUGUAGAGUCAGCCAACCAGCAGAGGCCAUAUACCGUGUAUGUGUGAGUUACUGUGUGAAUGUAUUUGUGUGUGUGUGUGUGUGUUUAUGCAUGUGUGAGAUUAAACACCUUGCCAUACAUUACUGAUUAUUGAGAAUAUGGACACACACACACUCACACACACACAAACACAUGCGCGCACCCACUCGCUCACAGGCAUACACUGUAAAUAUACUCUUUUUUUUUUUUGUUCAAAUACAGCACUUCAGGGCCAUGCCUUCACUGGAAGUGUUUUUGUUUUUGCACUUUAUAUUCGUAUAUAACCUUGUACACAACCAAUAAAUGUAUACAAACUGAAACUUUGUGUAUAAAAAAAAUAUAUAUAUCUUGCUGAGAUAUAUCCUUUUUUUUUUUUUUUGGACACAAUCAUGGCCAAACCGAGUAGCUUGUGUUGUGCUUUGCAGGUUUGCCAUUGCAUUGCAGAAAAAUUUGUCAAUAAUGUACAGGUCCACGUUUCCAUAAGCUCUUGCACAAACUUUUCUUGUAUUAUAUUAUAAAUAAAAUUGUAAACUUACUAUAAAAA